CCCCUGCCCGCCCCGGGGGGCUCGGCGGGGCCGGGCGCUGCCGGCGGGGAUGCCCGGGGGGGCCGCGGCCUGAGGCGGCCGCCCGCCCGCCGCCAUGCCGGUGAAGAACCGGUACAACCUGGUGGACGAUGGCUGCGACUCCCGCGUCCCGCUGCACAACGAGGAGGCCUUUCAGCACGGCAUCCACUUCCAGGCCAAGUACAUCGGUAGCUUGGACGUACCCAGGCCCAACAGCCGUGUGGAGAUUGUGGCAGCCAUGAGGAGGAUUCGGUAUGAAUUCAAAGCCAAGAACAUUAAGAAGAAGAAGGUGAGCAUCAUCGUGUCUGUGGACGGGGUGAAGGUGAUCCUGCGCAAGAAACAGAAGAGAAAGGAGUGGACCUGGGACGAGAGUAAGAUGGUGGUGAUGCACGAUCCUGUGUACAGAAUCUUCUAUGUGUCUCAUGACUCGCAAGACCUGAAAAUAUUUAGUUACAUCGCAAGGGACGGUGCUAACAACUCCUUCAGGUGCAACGUCUUCAAAUCGAAGAAGAAGAGCCAGGCGAUGCGGGUGGUGCGGACGGUGGGACAGGCCUUCGAGGUGUGCCACAAGCUGAGCCUGCAGCACGCCCUGCAGAACGCCGACGGGCAGGCCGACGGAGCCAGCGACAAGUCGGCCGAGGAGCAGCCGCUGGAAGUUCACCAGAUAAAGGGCUCCAAGAUGACGGAUGCAGAAGAGGUUGGCAUCGAUUCUGACGGCAUCUGUGUGUCCGAGAGGGGACCUGGGGAGCUGCCCACUGCCAGGGGGGACCUCAGUGUCCUGAAACCUGGGCAAGCUUCAAAGGAUAAGAACUGCCAGGACACCGAGAACUGCUCCCUCCACCCGGCCGGCUCCCAGCAGCUUCUCAGCCCAAGCAGCCCCUGCUCCUCGGCCUCCAUCACCCCGCUGGCCUCCCAGCACUGCCUCCAGCUGCUCCAGCAGCAGCUCCUCCAGCAGCAGCAGCAGACGCAGGUGGCUGUGGCCCAGGUGCAGCUGCUGAAGGACCAACUGGCGGCCGAGACGGCGGCGCGGAUCGAAGCGCAGGCCCGGGUGCGGCAGCUGCUCCUGACCAACCGAGACCUGCUGCAGCACGUCUCGCUGCUGGUGCGGCAGCUGACGGUGCUGGAAGCCCGGGAGCAACACCGGCAGCCGGUUGACCGCUCUUUGCAAAACCUGUCCCUGGCUCAGUCCCUCUCCCUGAACCUGAAGAACCACUACAGCUUGGACGUCCACCUGCCGUCCACCUCCACCCCCGCCAGUAUCCUGGGCAGCCCCGUGGCCCCCGGCUCCCUGACCGCCCUGGGCGCUGGGGACUCCUACCUCAACCUGGUCACCCUGGAGAGGGGCGGCCACCGCUUGGGCAGCAAGGAGGGGGACGAGUGCCUGGCCGUGCUGGAGGGGCAGGACGGGCUCAGCCGGCGCGUGGAGGGCUCCGAGGUCAGCGACUUCGCUCUGCUCAAUGGGAGCAGCCGGCAGAAGGCGGACGACACAGAGAGAGGGGAUGAGGACAGGCGGCAGCAGCCCAUUCCCAAGAUCAACCCCCCCCCACCUAUCCUACGGAAAAGGUCAAGCAAGACCUCCCCGAGCCUGGAAGUGGAGGUGAAGCCCGAGAGCACUGCCCACGUGAGCCUGCCCAGCCCCAGCAUCUCCAGCCUCACCAACAUCGCCGUCAGCUCCCUCACCCUCUUGGACCCCGAGACAAGGACUCCCGCACAGAGCGCUGCCUCCGGCACAGAGCCUGUCCCUGCUGGGACCUGCCAGCGUGCUCUGGGCAAGGACAGGACUGGAGAGAGCAGGCAGAUGUCCCCCCUGGCCAGCUUCCAUGAUCUCGCAGCCAGCGAGGCCCUGACCAAGGAUUUGGCCGCCCUGGCCAGCCCCACGGACAUCACGCUGCCCUUCUCCCCCGCGGAUGACACCUGCUUGCACAUCAGCUUCUCAGAAGAUGAGCUGCUGGAGCCAGAGCUGGACGCUGUGGGGGGACCCAGCAGGGUCCCCCCUUAGUGGGAAGGCAGUAGGUGGGCAGCUGGCUGGCAGGCAGUCCCAGCAGCUCCAUCCACACCACUCCACCAGCCCAUGCUGGGGCUGGGGACUUCUGUGCCCAGGCUGGGAGGCAGGUCCCUUUGCUGUCCUCAUCCCAUGAAGCAGCUUCCCCCCACCAUGUGUGGGGCUGCCAGGCAUGAUGGCACCCUGUCCUCAGUCUGCAGCAGCUCACACUGCCUUCCUGCUGCCCUGUCCCCCCAAAAUGCUACCCAUCCCAUCCCCCUCACACAGCCAGGGGUGCUCUCUCCGCUGCUGCCUGGCAGAGACACAAUUUGUCACUACAUCCCUUCUGCUGGCCAGGUGGCCACGGGCAAUGGGAGCCCCCGGGCAGGGGCAGGGCCAUGAACACCCAGACACGAGGCUGCUGUCACUGACCUGGUCCAUGGGUUGCCAUCCAUGGUGACGAUGCCCAUGGGGCUGUGUGGCACAGCCACCGUACUGCCCCCCUGCCCCGCUCCCCGAGGUGGCUACCACAGGCUGGGUCUCCCCAGGGCAUCACCACGCUGUGCCCAGCCCUGCUUUUGGGGACAGCAGCCACCACCGACAUGUCCCCACACAGCGAAGCCACCACUGCCUCCCCACACAGGUGCCUUUUCCCACUCCCCACGCAGGCUGGGGACACCACUGGAGGCCAAUAACUGGGUGCAGGGCUGGCUCGGGGAGCUGCUGCUGUGGUGGGUGCCCCCCACAUCUUGGGGUGAAGGUGGGAGAGCCCUGCCGUGCCUCUGAGGAGCUGGUGGCUGCUCCAUCGUGCUGAUUUUCGGGUGUAACAGUGUGGUUUGGGUUUGGUCUCAGAAGUGUGAGAAUCCUGGGAUGAGUUAAGGUUGAAAGCAGAAGCCCAGCUCUGGUUGAAGGGCCGAGGCCACAGUGGUGGCACGUGUCCCCUUCAGCCCGGGCAGGUUUUGGGGAGGGACCUGAGGAGAUGCUCAUCCACCUCGGGUGUUUGCGAGAGGGCGUUGGGAAAGUGUUGGAAGGUCGAGUUGGGGAAGUGUCGAGCAGGAACGGAGAUUUGGAGCAGCCACACUGCCUGUUCCCAGCACAGCACCUCUCCCACGGGGACAGACAGGGGUGACAGGACAUGUACCCCAGGGCCAGC